AUGUCGGGUCGAUUACUUGAUGAGGGCAUGAACCAGGUUUCCGAUCGGAGAUGGCAGGUUAAGGUUCUUCCUCAUCCUGACAUUUCCACCAACGACUCGGGCGAUCGUGUGACCAUCUCCGACUUUCUCGAGGGAGUGUGCCGGCCUCUCGAUUGCAAGGCCGUGAAGUCUGCCUCUGUCAUCAUGGACUCCCACGUGGGCAUUGUGGAGUGCGGCAGUGCCAAUACCAUUGCCAAGCUCGUAGCCGAAGGCAAACUUGCAGAACUACCUCCACCCCUUCGUUUCUCCAACAUGCCACCAGCAACGAGCAAAAUAGACAUUAUCAUCGAGAACACAGGUGACGGCUGCAUGAAUGUCCUGAAGAUUCUCUACCUGGAGAAAACAGUUCCUUCAAAGGCAGGCAUUGCCUUUUGCAGCGGGACGCCUCUCGUACCUGUUUUCCGCAACGGUCCUCACGCCGUGAAGAAAGCUUUGCAGUGGGCUUUGGAAAGGGUGCAUGGGCAUCAUGUACAUUGGCAUUCGUUGCAGGACAAAUCGUCAUGCAACUUGACCCGGUCUACAUCAGCAACGUGGUCUCCUGAGACCGACGACCUAUCGGAAGGCAUCAGGUUCAUCAAUCUUCAUGCACCUGAAUGCGACGCCCGCAACGAACAGACAUUUUGGAUACUUACCCACAUUCGGCCCGAUUCAGGAUCACCCAUCGCUGGGUGGCCUGAAGUGAAGGUGCGAGGCAUGGCACAAAAUAAGUCACGUGGCGUGAGCGGGGCUCAAAGCAUGACUGAGUUUCCCUUGAACACCUACAACUUGAAGGAGGACUUGGUCAAGCACAUUCUGCCUCUUCUCUACCCGCUGCUACUUACUACCGCGGUCAUCAUCGCAGGCAAUCCUGGGGUAGGUAAAACGCCUGCUGUCAUUGCCAUGGCCAUGGCACUCGGACGUUUUCACAUUGAGCGACUUGGGCUGCAGGGUGUGCUGCCGGGUUGGCGGCGGGCGAAGUCCCUAGACAACUUUAGACAACGUGCGCCACAAAUCCAAGAGGCCAUCUUUCUGGAUGAUCCUUCCAAAAGAAAGGUUGAUGUCGCUGAUCUGAAGGCCUUUGUGACUGUCGAUGAGGAUGGGACCGUCGAAGGCAGAUAUUGCGACGCUCGACUUCUUCGCAAUCAGAUGAGAGCCUAUGCCUCCAAUGAUACGGGCGAGGACCCGAAGGAUACAAAGCCAGGGGACACAACACUGUCCACAGACUCUUUCAUGAAGUUGGUGGACCCUCUCUUCGGCGAUGCUCACAUCAAGGACAAGCUCGCAGUUCUCAAACGCAGCACCGUCCGCGUCUUCACUGGGUCUGCAUUGUACUUGCGCUUUCCCAGUGAGAACCCGGACUUUCUCAUCCAUAGAAUCGUUCAGAACGACUUGCACAAAGACUUGCUUGAAGAAGAGUGCAAACCAGUCUACAAUAUGUACAAGUCAGGCAUCCUCGUGUACGCCCCUGAGUACCAGGCCCAGGUAGACAAGGAGCAGGAGAUGAUCAAGGCGAGCGUCGAGACCAUGUCCAGCUUCUCCUCACGAGAUGAGUAUGUGUCGCAUUGCAACACGCAAGUGCAGGCUUGGCUUCGACCUCCGCGGCACCUCCCGGCAUCUCCUGACGAUCCAUCAGAUGAAGAUCCCGAUGCUCAGCGUGCAUCGAUGGGUCUACCCCCGGUCUUCCCAGCCAUUGGCAAUGGGCCCCGCCCAAAUCGUCUUGGCACAUUCAGCUACCCUUCUCCCGCCAAGCGUCUUCGUGUCAAGACACCAUCCCUUGAGCCGCUCCCGAAGACAGAGACAGAGACCGACCAGGACAUCAAUUUGGCAGCUGAACCGGGCAUGACGGCAGACGAGGAGGCCGCUCGGCACAUGCACAACUGA